CUGCGCGAGUGUCUGGAGCCUUGAACGGGGAAGGGCUCCAAUGAGCGAUCCGAUAUCCAAAGUCACUGUGAGAGAAUAUAGGUUUGUAGGAGAAGAGCAAGAGGAGGAGGAGGGAAGAGAUCAGCGGAACCCAGAGCUGCUGGUCCUUAUUCCCGAGGUCCUUAAUCCACACUAUGGCAUGUAUGUUUGGCCCUGUGCUGUGGUCCUGGCCCAGUAUGUCUGGUUCCAUAGAAGAUUAGUCCGUGGAAAGAGAAUUUUGGAGAUUGGUGCAGGUGUGAGUCUUCCUGGGAUAGUGGCAGCAAAAUGUGGAGCAGAAACAAUUUUGUCAGAUAAUGCAGAGUUCCCUCAGUGUUUGGACAACUGUCAAAGAAGCUGUCAAAUGAACAACCUCUCUGGGGUGCAUGUUAUGGGACUCACUUGGGGCCAUGUAUCCCCCACUCUAUUGGCCUUGCCUCCAGUGGACAUUGUGUUGGCAUCGGAUGUAUUUUUUGAACCAGCAGACUUUGAAGAUAUUCUGAGUACACUGCACUACCUAAUGGAGAAGAAUCCACACACUCAGGUCUGGACUACUUACCAAGUCAGAAGUGCUGACUGGUCUAUUGAAGCAUUACUCUACAAGUGGGAGUUGGAAAGCAUCUUUGUGCCCUUGCAGUCAUUUGAGGCCAACAAGGAACAACUGGCAGGCUCUUCUCUUCCAGGGAGACACACUAUCGAAAUGAUGAUUAUCAGGAGCAUUCAAGCAAUGAAGUCUGAUCGCCUGUUUUGAGUUAAAAUUUUGUUUUUGUGGUUUAGAAAUAAACAUAUUUUUACCUCUAA